AUGCUCAUCGCUGCCGCUGCCCUGCCCACUCAGGUGCCUGGGCGGCCCCCACCAGUGCUACCCAAGCCGGGCAAGGACAAUCUACGUCUCCAGAAACUUCUGCGCCAGGCGGCCCGGAGGAAGGCCACGGGACUGGCGCAGCCUGGCCCACCCGGCUCCUUCCGCGCCUGCCUGUCCCCCGUGAGCGAGGCCAGCCGUGACCAGGAGUCCCCGGGCCUGCAGCGGCCACACACACCCGUCACCCACCGGGUGGCAUCGCCCCUGCGGCUCCUCCACCAGCCGGGCACUCCGCCUGCAUGGGCCAGAGCCGGGGGUGUCCAUGAGGCUCCAUCGACUUCCAUCGCAGUUCCAGGCACAGUGCCGGAGCCCCCUGGGGCCCCUCCGCUGGUCCCGGUGGCCCAUAUUCGCCCACUGCCCACGGCGGCCCAAGCUGCCCACGCUCGGCCUGAAGCACCCACCGUCCCUAGGUCACCCGCUGGCUUCCAUGCCCUGGUGAGCAGAACGGCCGGCACCCGGGUGGUGGUCCCCAUCGCACCCACCUACCGCUCUCCGGGCCCCUCACCUCCCAGGCCAGCCUCAGGGAACCCCGAGGCCAAGAGCCCACAGGAGCCGCUCACAGCUGGGCUGGCCACCGAAGAGGCUGAGCCGGUGCCUGGAGCCAGCCCAGAGGCCUCGGCCCCCAGCCCCCCGCCUGACCCCCAGCCUGAGCCCAAACGCCGCCUGGGGGGCUGGACGCGCCUCCGGAGGCAGCUGAUGGAGGAGCCCAUGGAGACAACCCCUGCCUCGAACCCGGCCCCAGCCCCCCUGGAACCCGGCCCAGCGCCCCGGCCCCCCGCGUCCCGGGCCUCCAGGUUGUGGGAUGCCGUGAUGCACCGUGUCCUUGUGGCUGAGGCCAGGGACAGGCCCUGCUCUCCCGCCGGGGCCCGGCUGCCCUUCCUAUGCCGGCCGAGGUUCAAUGCCCGGAAGCUGCGGGAAGCAGCGGCCCGGCCCCCCGCUCCUGCCCCAUGGCACCCCGUGUUGGAGAGAAGCCCCCAGCCCAGGAAUUUCAACCGUGCAGCCACGGGCUGGGGGCUGCAGUGA